GCGGAAAUGUUUGAGAUAGUAAUCUUACUGCUUUAUUUUGCAUGCUAAAUUGCUUAAUGCUGAACUGAAAAGAUCAUUUUCUUAAUCCUGUUGCAGUGGGUAAGGGGUCUUAAAAUGAAUUUAGGCUCUUCAAACCCAUAUUCCAAUGGAUUAUUAUAUGCAGGAUUCAAUCAAGAUCAAGGAUGUUUUGCCUGUGGAAUGGAGAAUGGUUUUCGUGUAUACAACUGUGACCCAGUAAGAGAUAAAGAAAGACACGACUUUCCAGAUGGAGGCUUGGGUUAUGUUGAGAUGCUUUUCCGUUGCAAUUAUCUGGGACUUGUCGGAGGUGGAAAGGUGCCAAAAUAUCCACCAAAUGCAGUGAUGGUGUGGGAUGACCUCAAGAAGCAGCCUGUGAUAUCGCUAGAAUUCAGUUCGCGCGUGCUGGGAGUAAGAUUGAGACGAGAUCGUAUCGUCGUCGUCCUUGAAGGUGUUAUCAAAGUCUACACGUUUAUCCAGGAACCAAAACCACUCCAUGUGUUUGAGACCCACCCUAACCCUAGAGGCCUGUGCGUCCUGUGUCCCAACAGUAACAACUCGCUGCUGGCAUUCCCCGGCCGCAAGAGUGGCUACAUACAAUUAAUACACCUGGCUGAGGCAGAGCGGCCGCCCCUGGACAUAGCUGCUCAUACGUCACCACUCACCUGCCUGGCUCUCAAUCUGCAAGGCACACGGAUAGCCUCCGCCAGUGAGAAAGGGACGUUGAUCCGCGUGUUUGACACUGUGAAGGGUCACAUGUUGUAUGAGUUGAGGAGAGGAGCCAACACAGCUCAGAUAUACUGUAUUAACUUCAACCAUGAUUCAACAAGACUCUGUGUGUCCAGUGAUCAUGGGACAGUUCAUGUUUUUUCUGUUGACGAUCAAAACCAGAAGCUUAAUAAACAAUCUAGCCUUGCGUCAGCUACAUUUUUACCCAAGUACUUUGCCAGUCGCUGGAGCUUCUGUAAGUUCCAAGUGCCCGGUGGUCCACAGUGUAUAUGCGCCUUCGGAGCCGAAAAUAACUCUGUUAUAGUCGUCUGUGCAGACGGAAACUACUUCAAGUUCCUCUUCAACAACAAAGGGGAAUGUUUCAAGGAAAAAUCCUGCAAUUUCCUAGAAAUGACUGACUAACGUUAGUAACGUUGAUUGCUGAUUGCACCCUUUGUAAAUGUUCCCACCUGUGAAGCAUGUCACAUUUUCCUAAAAUUGUCUUAUUGAGAAAAGACGAUUUGAAAAACAAUUUUUCUUUGAAUCAAGUUUGGUAUUUAAAAGUCUUUGUCGCUUGAUAUCCUGAAAACGAUUAAUUCUUUCAACAUUUUGUCAAAGACCUAUACUUUGAAAAAAAUUACAGAAGUAAUUGAUGUUAUUACAUCAAAAUUAUGUUACUUUAGAACCUCAAUACACAAUAUAGAACGUUUGUAUAUUGUACUGAAUUUGAAAUUACAUACAUUACAUUAAUUACUGUAAGUUACCUAAUAUCAUAUUAUUGUGAAGUAGGUAAUCACUUGCAACGCUGAACCGCUCUACCACAUUAUUGGCAUGUGGUGACAAAUCGGGAGACGAAACACAAAACAUACAUACGCGCACCUGCCACCUGCUCUUAAAAGAUGUUAUCGCUCCUAUUCUGCAAUUAUUGAAUUAUUAGUAUUAUUAUUUUUGUAUUCUGUUAUUGUUGAUUUGUUGUUUUUAGGACCUUUUGCUGUCUAAAAUUCACCAAUAAUAACUCUAAUAGCCCAAUUUAAAUAGUCUCCAUGUUCCAGCAUUUUCCUAAAUUCGGCCAACCUGCCGCCUGUUUAAGCCUGAUAUUAAGGUUCUACUGUAAUAAAUUUUGUACAACAGUUACUUUAAAAAAUAUUCAUAUCUCAAUUUGAAUUUAUAAUUUUCUUGAAAGAGAAUGUUUUCUGCUACACUUCAUUGAGCAGGCUAAAGUUGUUUGCGGGCAUAGCAAUAGCAAUGUAAUACAGACAUACUUGUUUAGGCGAAUGUUUAAAAUAAUUUUUCUUCACUUGUGUGAACGACAAAAAACGUACAUUUCACAAACUUUUUUACUAUCGCAUGAAUAUAACUUUUUACUUUUCAUUAGGCUACACAUUGAAACGUUGUGUUAUGAAUGAAGCAUAAAAGUAGUCAACAUUCAAAUUGUUUUAAGGGAGAAAAUUCAGGAUGCGAAGCUGAAAAAGACUUAAAAAAGACUUAACUUGUAAAAUUUGUCUUAAAGUUAUUAGAUAUUUUUAAAAUUUUACUUUGUCAAGCAAAUGUAGGUCAAAAUUUUAUGAAACAUUAAAAAAAGUUAAAUUUCUUUUAUUGUAAUGUAAAUAUUUAAAAUUAAAAUGAUGUAUAAAGACUGAAAAUAAGGUACAUUUUCCUUGAUUUAUUGUCCUGCUUCAGAGGGAUCUGUUUGUGUCUUAAUCUAAGUCAUUAAAUUAAGUUUCUAUUUCUUGAAAAUAAUAAGAUAAUUUAAGUUAAUCAAAUUUGUAUUUAGGCCUUUAAAAAUAAUACGACUAUUUUUAUCACGGUCUAAACAUUAUUGUAGGAUUAAUUAGGUAUUGGCAAAAAUGAUAGUGUGACUUUGGUUUUGGUUUGGUUGCUGUAAAAUCAUGUCCAGUUAUAAUGCCGUAAUAUAAAAGAAUCAAGUUUUUUUAAGCACAAAUCAGUAAAGUCUGAUAUACAUAUCAAUAUAAAUAGAUCAAAAUGAAUUUCUGCAAUAUGUUCAAAAUAGUAAGAAUAGUUGGAUUUAUUCAAUGGCAAUUCCAAGUGCAGUUACUUUCAUCACCUUUUAAGUCCUCAUCAACGAUAACAUUGGCAAUCAUAAGUAUGCCACUUAUUGUAAAACUAUUCUAUGUUCCGUGAGGUGAGGGUUUAUGACUUUAUAACUGAUCCAAAAAAAUGUGAUUUAUAUAAAGUAACCUCUGAUAUGAGUGUCAUUUCUGUUAUUUAAUAUGAAUCAAAGCUAUGUUUGUAUUGUAGUUUUAUCAUUCAAAAAUAAUAAUAACUUAUUUAUGUUUUCCUUUAUGUGUAAACAUAUGAGACGGUACAACCUAUUUUAUUGGGUAAUAAUUGAAAUAUUUAACAUAAAUUAAGAAAAUAGACCUAAGUGAAAUUCAAGCCAAUGCAGAGCAAUGCAAUGUUGUAAAAAGUAUUUGUUAAGUUUUGUUAUUCUAUCAGUUUGAUGUUUUACUCAAAUUAAAUUAGUGUUUAUUAGGUUCUAUGGUGUUAUGUGACACAUUUUAUAUAAUUUUCUUUUGAAAUUAGUGAAUAUGUAUGAGUAAAAUAAUACAAUUACUGCAAUGAACUGGAUGUAUAUAUUCCAACCUAAACACUUCAGUGAAACAUACUUACAUACUUGAGGCUAGUUCAAAUAUUUGUUCUUUGGUUAUCAGCGAUUGCAACAAAAAUAUAAUUAUUUGAGAUUUUACACAACUUUGUAAUCUCAUCACUAAACUUCAGUGGAAGUAUAAGAAACAUAAACUUGUUACAGUAUGUUUACCACUGCAAUGUUAUAUUUUUUUGUAAUAGCAGGGCAAUUAAUAGCCAUGACAAUAAUCAACUCUAUUGAUAAGCUUAAAGACAUUUAAAUAAAAUUAUACUGAAUAUUCCUACAUCAAUCGUUUAUUGAUCAUUGGAUCUAAUCUGUCAUAGAAUCUCUAUGUUGUUAGUCAACUUGAACUAAUACUAAUAUAUUUCAACUUUAUAAAAUGUGUAAUCCACUCCUGGUACAAUAAAAUCCCUUUUAAGUACACCCUGUUCAAUUGAAACUCAGAUUAACUGAAAUCAUCACAAAAAUUUCAAAUCAAUUGGUAAAUGAGCCAGGCAACGGGAACUGUCGGGAGAGAGUACAGUAGUUUGUCAGGAUUGGCCAAUGGAAUGUAAUGGAGCAGACAAUGACAUGGAUCUCAUACUGUGAUAUAGAUAAAGUUCAGAAAACAACUCUCGAUUAUUUUAACAAAUAGAUUUUUGUAUACACUAACACUUACAGUUGUGGAAUUUAAGACAACAUCACAAAAAGCAUAAGAUAAAAAUUACUGUUGUGUCUUUGAAUAGACAAAGCCUUUGUAUUCCUACGUUUGAAUAACCGACAAAAUAUGUUCAAUCACAGUAUAAUGUAUAAUCACAGCCAUCUUUUUCAAUGCUAUUGACAUGUCAUAUUGUUGCUAAAGUUCUUCAAAUAUAAAUCAAAAUAAUAUUAUUAUGCACUGGCAGAAUAAUUUCUAAAAUGAUGUAAAAGUGAAAUAUUGAAAUCUUAUCAUUGUAAUAACAUUUAGUAAUGACAUAAAUGAAAAGAUACUUUUAUUUUAUACGUCGUUCAUUCAAAUAACUAAUAACAAGAGAAAGACUUAAAAACCUAGAUAUUGAGCUGAUUUUGAGAUUCGGUAAUUUGAUUAUCCAUACAAAACUGCUGAACUCACUAAGAAUAACUUUUUUACCAAUUCUACUUAAUAUCGUGAUGAUUUAUUUAUAUUUAUUCACCUGAAAUAUUAUCAACACUCACAAUUUUAUGACACCGUUGCUUAUUAAUAAUAUGCAUGUAUUCUCCUCUCAGUUAAAUAAGUUAAUAAAAUCAAAUUUUUGUCCAGAUUUGUUAUAGAAUUCUUAAAUUAUGUGUAAAUAAUUUUUACUAUAAAUGUGAUAAAACAACUACAUCAGUUGACUAAAUUAUCUUUCAAUGACAAAAGUUAUGGUGCUAUGAAAUAUUAUACAUGUUCUCUGUACUGUAUUGUAUGGUAAAAAUUAUUUCAAGAAUUUUUUGUUUGAUAAAAUUGUGAUUAUAUUUUAUUUUUCUAUUUUAUACGUUUUUAAUAUAAGUUUGUUUGUAUGAUAACUAUUUGCAUUACAUUUCUACUGUUCAUAUAAGUACAUGAGCCUACUUGCAGUAAAAUGGAAAGUAAUUUUUGAUCCAACUUAAAAGUCAAACAGUUAUAUAAGAAAGCAGUCUUUAAAUUAACAUAUUCCAUUUUGCUAAACUGUUAAAAUAUAAACUAUCGUAUAUGGCUCAUUGUCUUAAUAUUCUAUGUCAAUUUUAAUUGAGUGUACAAAAAAAGUUUUUCUUGAACAUUUGUUAAUAAUCAGCGUUCUCUUUACUAUAUUAUACUUAUUUUAUUGACGAAUGGCAGCUAAGAACUAGUUUUCUUUUACUCAAUAUUGAAAUCUCUGAAAGAUUUUGUGCCCGUCCCAAAACACACACUCAUGUAGGCUCGUGAGUUGUACAGCUAUUUGUAAUUAUUUUUAUUUUAUGCAUUGUAAAUUUGUUCUGUUGUUAUUUGAGUGAAAACUGUGUACAAAGUAAAAUAUAAUAUUCCACUUUUGAAGCAGGGUGUCAUCUUAGAAAAGUAGAAUUAUCAAUGUUAUUGGGUUAUUUAAUUUUUAUUGUUGAAAUACAUUGUUUAGAAACAA